UUCUGGGUCACAUGGAGUCCUUGUUGAUCUCAGAAGCUGCUGCCUUUCCAGGAUGUGCCUCUGUUUUGUGUUCUUGGCCUCUCUCUUUGCUUGCACUGCUUGGGCAGGACACCCGUCCUCGCCACCCGUGGUGGACACCGUGCAUGGCAAAGUCCUGGGGAAGUACGUCAGCCUGGAGGGAUCUGCCCAGCCUGUGGCCGUUUUCCUGGGGGUCCCUUUUGCCAAGCCCCCUCUGGGAUCCCUGAGGUUUGCUCCGCCGCAGCCUGCAGAGCCCUGGAGCUACGUGAAGAACACCACCUCCUACCCUCCUAUGUGUUCCCAAGAUGCAGCGGCGGGGCAGAUGACCUCAGAUCUCCUUACCAAUAGAAAGGAGAACGUUCACCUCAAGUUCUCUGAGGACUGCCUUUACCUAAAUAUUUACACUCCUGCAGACCUGACAAAGAGAAGCAGCCUGCCGGUGAUGGUGUGGAUCCACGGAGGUGGACUGGUGGUGGGCGGGGCAUCCACCUAUGAUGGACUGGUGCUCUCUGCCCAUGAAAAUGUGGUGGUGGUGACCAUCCAGUACCGCCUGGGCAUCUGGGGGUUCUUCAGCACUGGGGAUGAGCACUGCUCGGGGAACUGGGGCCACCUGGACCAGGUGGCUGCUCUGCGCUGGGUCCAGGACAACAUCGCCAACUUUGGAGGGAACCCGGGCUCUGUGACCAUCUUUGGAGAGUCCGCAGGAGGAGAAAGCGUCUCUGUUCUCGUGUUGUCUCCCCUGGCCAAGAACCUCUUCCACAGGGCCAUUUCUGAGAGUGGCGUGGCCCUCACACCUGGGCUGCUCAGGAAGGACAACAAGCUUGUGGCUGAGCAAAUCGCUAUGAUUGCUGGGUGCAAAACCACCACAUCAGCUGUCAUGGUUCACUGCCUGCGCCAGAAGACCGAGGAGGAGCUCUUGGAGACCUCGUUGAAAAUGAAACAUUCUAGUUUUAAUGUACAUGAAGAUCCCAGAGAGAGCUAUCGUUCCCUCUGCACUGUAGUUGAUGGCGUGGUGCUGCCAAAGAUGCCUCAAGAGAUUCUAGCUGAAAAGAACUUCAACACUGUCCCCUACGUGGUGGGCAUCAACAAGCAAGAGUUUGGCUGGAUCCUUCCAACGAUAAUGGGCUUUCCACUCUCUGAAGGCAAGCUGGACCAGAAGACGGCCACGGCCCUCUUGUGGAAGUCCUACCCCCUUGUUGAAAUCCCUGAGGAACUGACUUCAGUGGCCACUGAGAAGUAUUUAGGAGGGACAGAUGAUCCUGCCAGAAAGAAAGACCUUUUUCUGGACUUGAUGGGAGAUGUCAUGUUUGCUGUCCCUUCUGUGAUGGUGGCCCGUGGGCACAGAGAUGCCGGAGCUCCCACCUACAUGUAUGAGUUUGAGUAUCGCCCAAGCUUCGCAUCAGACCUGAGACCUCAGACGGUGCUAGGAGACCACGGGGAUGAAGUCUUCUCAGUAUUUGGUGCUCCAUUUUUAAAAGAGGGAGCCUCAGAGGAGGAGACCAACCUCAGCAGGAUGGUGAUGAGAUUCUGGGCCAACUUUGCUCGCAAUGGGAACCCCAAUGGAGACGGGCUGCCCCACUGGCCAGAGUACGACCAGAAGGAAGGGUACCUGCAGAUUGGUGCCACCAACCAGGCAGCCGCGGGGCUGAAGGACAAGGAAGUGGCUUUCUGGACUGAGCUCAGGGCCAGGGUGGCAGGAGAGAAAAGCCCCCAGAGCGACCACACGGAGCUGUGACCAGGAGGCUGAGCCAGCCUCGGGAGAUGGGAGCAGCAGGACAGGGCUGUUUGCAGGUCCCGGAGGAGUCUCACUGUGGAGGCUGGAGAACUGAGUGGUGCGGGUGGCAGAGGCCUGGGUGGGGAAUGUUUGUACCUAUUGUCUCAAUUGGGAGAAUAAAUGAAAUUUUGGAGACCAAAUCAGCAUCUGGUGCUUGUCCAUCAUCUCAGAAAGAGAGAGACGAAGACAGCAGCAUCGUGGUCACUGUUUACUUUUUAACUGCUGAGGAGUCACCUGUUGAAGACCUCAGAAGCUCAUAUGGCCACAUAAAAUGACCCCGCCACCCCUUUUGUUCCUAAGUCCACGUUGGAUCUGUAGGAGAGGCCCACCCUGCCCCACCCCUGAGACUGAGACCUCAGCAAUGUUUGUUAGAAAGUCACACUUUCCUGUGUGGCUGAGGGGGACAUUGUGUGACAUCAUCAUUGUCAACACCUAAGCAAAUUUUGGAAGUGCACUGUAAAUGUAAGGACAUAGAUAGGUUGAAAGUAGAAAGAAAAACGUACACCAAACAGUUCUUCCAAGAAAACAAAAUAAAUUGGGUGACUUUAUUCAUAUUGGAUGGAUGAAUAUACAAAAGCAAAAGAGGUGCAUUACACAACAUCAAAGGGGCACCUUAGCAGGAGAAUAGGACAGUUCUCAGUGUGUGCACACGUAUGAGUGGUCACAUUGGCCUGGCAUGCCUUGGACUUGGGUCCCCAGGAGCAGGCCCUGAGCAAGGAUUUGAGUGUCCUCCUUUGGGGCAGGUGAUUUCUGGGCUCCUGGGGGAAGUGGAGAGGGGAACAAGGAGGGACGUCAGCAGAUGCAGGUGGGCUGUGUCAGGUUCCUCAGAGGAAGUGGUCAGUCCACUGGGGACUCAAAGGUGCUGGUAGAAAGCAAACUUCAGAGGCCCUGCAGACAAGAGAGGAACGUGGGUGCGUCCACACAGCUUUCCGCUGGGACUGCUCAAGGGCUGCUCCGUGGCCCUAGGGAGAGGACCGGGACACAGGCAGGCAAUCUGGAAAUUCCUCGGCUUCUGUGGCUGCAACCUGCCAAUUUCUGCGUUGAUAUUUGGGGAAAUGAACAGCUGGAGAAUAUCCUUGAAAUCGUUUUUAACAAUCCUAUCACAUGAACUGGCCCCGCUGGCCCAUGACUGUAUUCCAGGAACUCGAGAGACUGAGGCAGGAAGGUUGAACGUUUGAGGACAGCCUCAACAACUUAAUGAGAACCUGCCUCAAAAUAAAAAUAAGAGGGCUGGGAAUGUGGCCGAGUGGUAAAG